GCCGGACGGCCCGCCGGGCGGAGCGCUCCGAUGACGUGCGUGUGACGCCUGUCCCCCGACGACAUGGGUAUCUGCCUGGACACCGCCGCCGCGCCUGUGGUCGGCCCUGUGUACCAGCCACACCUGAAGAGCUACUCCACCACCCGCCUCACCACCCACCUACACCCCCGGGGAGUCAAGAGGCCACCAGUCCCGCUCUACCGGCCGCCCGGCGUCGUCGUCUACGUGCUUGGUGGUCCGGGAACAGGCAAGGUGACACUAUCAGAGGCCCUGGCCCAAGGCUCGCAGGGAAAACUCAGCCAUAUCUCGAUGACCAAAGUUUUGAAGGACUACGCUAAACAUUUCGACAUGGAUCACGGAGGCAUGGUGCCAUCAACAGCAGCAGUGGAAAUGCUUACCGCCAGAAUGAAGGCUUCCAAUGCCCGACUUGGAUUCGUUAUAUCGGGUUUCCCAAGGAACAUCGACGAUGUAGUAGAAUGCGCCAAGAAGAUAUCGCGGCUGGACGGGGUCAUCCUGCUGGACCACCGGCAGGAGAUGCUGGAGCGGCUCGUGCAGGACGGCGUGCAGUCUGGCGCGCUGACGGCGGAGGCCGGGGAGCUGGAGCUGCGAGAAUUCCUCACGCACGUCCUCCCGCUGACAGAGCUCAUGAACAACAAGGACGUGCUGUACAAGAUCAACGUGGUUGAAUGCGACAUGCACGAAAUUGUGAACGAAAUGGAUUCCAUUGUAAAGAAGUUGGUAGACAACAGCUCAACGCUUCAUCCAGAUAAGAACCAGAACAACGAUCUGCGAGGUGCCCCAGGUCCCCCCAGGUCAGGCCUGAGGGCUGCGGUGUCGCUUUCCCCUCGUCAGCGAACGUCCCGACCUGUCAUAUUUGUCAUAGGCGGCCCGGGCAGCAACAAGUCGUGUUACUGUGAAGCGGUGGCGCCGCUCUACCCGGGCUGGACGCACCUCAGCUGCAGCUGGAUGCUGCGUGACCUGGUCACUGACGAGGCUGUGCGAGACGCGCAGGACGUGCUGGCUGUUCGGCAGCUGCUGGUUGCCGGCGAGCUGGUGCCUCAGGGUCUGAUUCUCAGCUGUUUGUCCAAGGCCAUGGACCAGAACCCGUCCUCUCGGGGAUUUAUAAUCUCCGGCUUCCCACGCUGCCUGGAGCAGUUGGAACAAUUCGAGCUGGAGCACGGCCGCCAGUCGGACAUCGUGCUGAUCGACUGCUCUGAGCUGGAGCUGGGCCGCACACUCGGCCGGCGGGAGGACAUCGACGACACGGUCCAGGCGUGCCGGCACCGGCUCGAGCUCUACCGCACCGUCACACUGCCGGCCGUCAAGGCUCUGGACGAGGCGCACCGGCUGCUCGUGAUUGACGGCGACUGUGACGAGGUGCACGUGACUGACGAGCUCAAGCGCUGCAUCUACCUGGAGCUGCAGCAGCUGUUCGGACACGGUCCCCUAUCGGCCACGGCCACUGGCAGUCAGCUGAGCGGCGCCGCCGGUGGCGCCACCCGGGUCGGCCCCAUCACUAACGGCCAGCCGGCCGCCGCGGUGGCGCGCGAGGUCGGAGAGUGA